AUGGGCACAGAGGUGAAAAGCAGAAAGAGGGAUUUUUUAAAGCCGCGCAAUUGGUUUGGAAGGCCUAGGUCUUCAUCUCGAGCAUCAAGCGGUCGUCGAAUUUCUACAUCUGCGAGAGCCAGUACAUCGUCUCAUUCAGAUGCAUCUCUAGAGCUAUCGAGAGACCCUCUGCUUUCUCAUACAUCAGAGCGUUCUUCGCGCCAAAGACUAUCUGCGCCUCUCGUAGAAUCUCAACUGGCGAAAUUUCAUCUAACCCCGCCUUUACGGACGACAAAAUCCCAACCACCGCCGUCGACUAAAGUUUCAGACCUCUGGGCUCGAGCCUUUACUGAGGCUAAUGAUGAGACUCAGAAAUGGAUCAAGAAGCAUGGACUAGACUCCCCCACAGGUCUUGCGCAAGGCCAGAUCAAAGAAGUCAUUAAGCUCAUCGAAAGCAACAAGCUAUCUGAACAAAAUGACCAACCCUGGAAAAUCGAGAUUGGCAAUCAGAAGAUCAUCGUUCGAGAAUACAUUGCUGAUGCUGUUGCCUUUAUUACUAUGGUUGGUGACGCUGCCAUCACUUUUGCCCCUCCACAGGCCAGCGCGCCGUGGGCUGUUGCAAAGGCGGUCUUGAAAAUUCCAGUGAAACAAAUCGAGCAAAAGGCCGCUCUCCUGGGAACCAUUCAAUGGUUUGCACGCAUUGUACGUAGAGGGCAGAUCUACGAGGCUAUAUACCUGUAUAAUGCUGCGGCCACAGAUGAAAAAAAUAAGCAGAAUUUAUACGAUGCACUCUUGGACGUAUACAAGACUGCUCUAGAGUUAUUGGCAUCUUCAGAGACCUUGUUCGAUAGCAGAAUAGCCAGACAGGCUUUAAAAGCAGUUUUAAGGCCAGAGGGUGCCACUGGAAAAGUGAAGGACCUAUCGAGAAAAGAACAGCAACUUUCUUUAGAGGUUCAAGCUUGUGAGGCCUCGCAGUCUGCCGUUUCAUCUAAACAGGCAAACGACAGCUUGAAAGAGUUAAAGAAGCAACUAGAUCAUAUAUCGUCGCCACUUCCCCGGAUAGACAAAGGGGUGGUCAAGCUCCUUGCAAAAGUGGAGAAAGAGGAGCUAGAGAAGUUGAUGGAGUUUAUAAGCAAGGAGAAGUUUGGAAAAAGUCACGCUGAGGUUGUAGAAAGAAGGAUAGAGGAGACUGGGAAUUGGCUAUUAGCUAACGAACACUUCCGCGCUUGGCAAGAUGUGCCUUCUUCUUCGGCUGUGUUGUGCCUCAAAGGAACUGUCGGCACUGGCAAGACAUUCCUUACUUCCAAGGCGAUCGAUUACGUCAAGCAGACACUUAAUGCAUCGCAACAUGAUGAAGGGUUUGCUUAUUUCUAUUGCAAUCGCGGAACUUCAAUGCAAGACCCGAUGGUCGUCUUGAGAAGCUUUGUUCGUCACCUCGUACAUAAAUGCGAGAUUGCAAAGAGAGAAGGGAGAGAUUUAGGUUACAAGGAUUGCAAAGAUUUCAUUAUGGAAUCUUUGAAUCUAUACUCAAAGACGACUAUUAUUCUGGAUGCUCUGGACGAAUCUGAUAUCACCACUCAUAACUUGUGUACUAUUCUUAUCCAAAUGAUGGAAGAGUCUAGGAGACCCGUCAAGAUUUUUAUUUCUACCCGACCAGACCGGAAGUAUAUAAAGGCGUUCCAAGAUAGGCGUAUUAUCACUCUGGAUGCUAGCAAUCAGCAAGAUGACAUUGAGAGAUUUCUGGAUGAGAAGCUUUAUUCGACCGAAUCGUUUAUGGAGCGAAGUCAAGAAGCCCAAGACGAAAUUAAACAUGUUUUUGCAACUCGGAGCUGCGGAAUGUUCCGGUGGGUUUACUUACAAGUGAGAAGCCUUGAAAACCAUAUCACGGAUGAUGCAGUCCAUAAUUGGGCGCAUAAAUUGCCUCGCAACUUAACAGAAGCGUAUGAUCAGCUUUGGGAUAAUAUGAGAGGGCAUGAUGACUUCGAUGUCAACCUAGCUGAGCGCGCCAUUAUGUGGGUGUUGUGUUCAUUCGAGCCACUCCGAUCACACAUCCUCUUAGAAGCCAUUCAAUACGCUGUCCAAGGAUCUACAGUGGUGCGAAAAGAAAAGCAGACACAGCAGCAAAUUCUAUCACUUUGUCAAGAUCUCCUGACUAUUGAUGAAGAAAGGGGUGUUUGGAUGCUACCACAUGCCUCUGUGGCUGAAUAUUUUGAAUCAAGAGGUUACACGAAUUGGAAGUGCCAUGUGUUUGCAUCAAAAGUGUGCCUCGGCGUCCUUGAAAAUUUUUGGCCAGAAGAGAUAGAGUAUGAGACUUUUGCAGAAUACGUUGGAGACUCUUGGGGCAGGCACGUUGAGGAAUACGACCAAUGGCUAGAAACGACGGAGGGGGAAAAUGAGGCUACGAAGGCUGAUCCGGAUCUCACAGAGGCCCUAGAGCGCUUUCUCGGCUCACCAGGUGAAAGCAGCGCCAACUAUCGACAAUGGGCCGAGCAUGAUGAAAAGCGUUCAAAUGAUUUCAACCCGAACAACUUGUCUUUACUGGCCGCGUGUCAAUAUGGAUUAUGGUACACCUUGCGCGACUGGUGGCUGAACAGCAAAAUGACCAUAGAGAUGGCCUUUGAAAAGAAUGGCAACGAAGAGACCUCAUUGAUGCUCGCGGCUAAGAGCAACUGCUUGCCAAUGGUCAAACAUUUGGUCGACUUGAUUGACGUUAUGGAUCAAUAUGCUGCGGAAAAUUGCGUUGUGGCGUUGAAUUGCGCGCUUGCCGAAGAACAUUUCGACAUCAUGAAGUUCUUUAUAAUGGAGGCAAAGGUAGACGUCAACCUUCCAAGUCGUAGCAAAGACGGUAUCACUGCUGCACAAGUGGCUACCGAUUUUAGCCCCGCAACGCUACAAUGGAUGCUGGAUCAAGGCCUGGUAGACGUGCAGAGGGAGAACGACGCCGGUUAUAUGCAUGGCAACAUCUUGAUUACAGCGGUGUAUCGCCAAAAAGUCGAAUCGGUCCAAAUCCUGCUCAAAGCUGGAGCCAAUGCGAAUGCUGUCGUGCACAAAGGCGAAAACGGGAGUCCUCUUAUCAUAGCAGUAGACAAUGCGGACCCGGCAAUUGUACGGCUGCUACUCGAACAUGGCGCAGAUCCAAAUUUGCCAAGAACUGGAAACUAUGGCAGCGCGCUCGAGGCAUCAAUGACGCCGAGGGGGAAUGAAAGGGUGAAUCAGAAAGAGCGAGACGAGAUACAGCGCAUGCUGCUUGAUGCAGGUGCAGAUCCCACAGCCGUGUCUGACCGAGGGUUUUAUAAAAGUGCACUGGCUGCUGCAGCGUUCUGGGGAGAAAAGGAAAUCGUCACGGCCAUGAUCGACCGCGUUGGGGCGGAACGUGCCAUCCAAGUCCUUCGUCAGAGCACAUACCCAAAUAUUCAACGAUAUUUUAAAGACGAUGAAGACGUCCAGAGAUGGAAGGAUACAAUCACGUACCUCGGCCAGGUGGGGGUCAAUAAAGAGACCCUUCGUGCCAUCGGCUUGCGGGAAGAUAUCGAACUUGAGAGUACUGGUCUCAGCUCUCCGGGCAAGUAUUUGCUGGAUUAUCCAAAGUUAAGCAAUUCCUGA